AUGCGCAAAUGGCGUUCUGUGAGAUCCCAGGAGCUCCUCAGAGCCGGGAUCUGCCCUUGCACGGCGGCUUGGUGUCUGGCUGUCUGGCUGUUGUCAACACCACGUGUUGGCAAAAUGUUUGAUGCUCCACCAGCUUUACCAAAAACUGCCAGAAAGGCUUUGGGAAAUGUCCACAGAGCUACAGAAAAAUCAGUUAAGACAAAUGGACCGCUCAAACAGAAACAGACAACUUUCUCUACCAAAAAGAUUACUGAGAAGACUGUUAAGGCAAAAAGUUCGGUUCCUGCCUCAGAUGACACCUAUCCAGAAAUAGAAAAAUUCUUUCCCUUCAAUCCAUUAGAUUUUGAGAGUUUUGACCUGCCUGAGGGGCACCAGAUUGCACACCUCCCCUUGAAUGGAGUGCCUCUCAUGAUCCUUGAUGAGGAGAGGGAGCCUGAGCAGCUGUUACAGGUGUAA